CGGUGAAGAAGACAAGCGGAAGCCACACCAGAUGAAGAAGUCCGCCACGCUCGGUCGCGUCACGCUCGGGGAGCGGUCCGAGGAGCGCAACACCUACGGCAUGUUCGAGGAGCAGCACAUCGACGGCAUGAUCGGCAUUUUCAUCACCAUGGGCCUCACGAAGAAAGUCCGGAUGCGAAAGCACUGGAGCCGGUCCGCCCACGACAACUACCCGCUGGUCCAGAAGUGCAUGUCGCGCGACGUGUUCGAGCUCUUGUACUGCCGCUUCCUUCACUGCUCCGACCCCAACGCUCCGGAGCGACUGCUACCCGAUGGCGAAGAAAACCCAGACUACGACUCCAAGAGGCAUAUCAGGGAGCUAGAAGAGAUCCUCAACACUGCAUGGGCGACGAACGUCGAGUGUGGCAAUUGGUUGUCGUACGACGAGCAAAUGAUCAAGACUGUUUCGAAGUACGAGCAAGGCAUGAAGCUACUAGCGGCGUGCGAUAUCACGGGCUACUGCUUAACCAGCAGCGUGGAUGGCGGCAUGAAAGGUGACCCCAAGCUUCGCCCUUACAUGGACUGCCCGCUCGGCCGGACUACUCGCCACGUGCUUCACGUUCUGUUGGGGGAGUGCGGCGUGUUGAGGCAGAAGAUCGAUGGCUCGGGGGUAUUCAUCGCCAUGGACAACUACUUCACCUCCCCCACUCUGUUCGAGUGCCUCGCCUCCCACGACAUCUUCGCUGUAGGUACCUGCCGCGCCGAUCGGACUGCCGGCGCUGAUGCGUACCUCGAGAGCCUCGGGCGUACCAUUCCUAACCGCGGCGACAUGAACUUCUGCCGUUCGGGGCAAGUGGCGUGCGUGCAGUGGGCUGACUCCAAUGAUAUCUUCCUCAUCAGCACCAUCCACGUCGCGCAACCGGUCAAGGGAAAGGAGGAGGCAGGUGGAAUCGACCACUUCAAGCCUUUGCCUCUAUCAGAGGUAAAGGCCAAGAAGCUCAUUGCACGAGGGGUUGAGUUGGAAGAGUUGCAGCUUGCGUCGACGGAGUUGGCGACACUGUCGAAGGUAGAGCGGGCUGUGUGGGAUGAACAGAUGGCAACGCUCCUUAUGGUGAAGUGUAACGUCGCGAGGCCCAACAAGGGUGAGAGGCGUCCGGCCUCGGACAACAAGCCGGCCGACCCCGUGUGGGGUAGCGUCACCCUCAAGAGUGGACGCCUGUGCUUGAACCCUACUUGCAAGACGAGGUCGACGAAAGAGUGCUCGUGCAACCAAGUUUGCACACGGGGGGAUAAGUCUGGGGUUUUGAUGUGCGAAACAUGCUGGAAGAGCCCGGAGUCUCACGAGCAGGCGGCGAAGGCUUACUGGGAUGGUGUGUCUAAGGGCCGCAACAGAAAGGGGUUCCAAUGGCAGAGGGGUUCAGUUGAGAUUGCUGGUUGAGGCGCACCUGUGAUUCGCAUUUGUGUUGCGUUUU